AAUGGCGAACUGCACCUCUCUUUUGAUGCUGUAGGCAUUCUUCGGCUAAGCUUCCCCUGAAAUCUGCCUAUCCGUUCGUCUUUAACACAUAUCUACGCGCUCCGUAGGAAUACAUGGGGUAACGUAACGCGCCAUACGUGGGCUGAACCCGGUGUUAGCGCAAUACCAGGCCGACCAAGGCAGCGGAGGUGAGUGACCGAUUUCGGUGGUAGUGCAAUACCUCGAAAACCCACAGUUUAGCUGCAGCAGGCUUAAACCUAUGCAAAUUUCCAAGGCAAGAAUGCUGAAACUUAUACUAAAAUAUAGGUAGCAAUUAAGCUUGAUUGGACGCCCCAGAAAAAGACUGAUCCCACGCCUUCAUAACCGCUAUGCCACUGUUCCCCCACGAGGCUGCAAAUAGUUCGUACUUCAAACUUUCCCUGUUACCUAAAUGAGAUGGUAAUCAAAAAAAACUAAAUUAUAAACGCGUAAUUUUGGACGUUUUCACUCGUAUGCUAUAGUGGAAUGGUGAAAACCAAAUUUUUUAUUGAGCUGAAAUAAAACGCAUGCUUCGCAGUAACUAUUUAUUGUCAAGUUUAAGCCGGCAGUGAAAUCUCAUGAGUAAAACGGGGUCAGCAGUAAAAUGAACUGUACUGCAGACUUUUGAGGAUUGAAAUGCUCAGACUUCAUAUACUUUGUUCAUUUCUGUUGCACACCUUAUCGCUUCCUCCGAUGAAAAGCCUCUUCAAGAACAGCAGACGCUCUGGAGGUAUUAAGCACGACGCCAUUUUGAAAAGGUGACAUUGGCAGGCGGAGUAACACAACCCCGCGCGAGCCGUACGUGUGUUCGUUGCCAACUGCUGUUUUUUUUUUAAAGUUAUAUAUACCAUACAAAUUUCUCAGGGGAGUUUCUCUUACGUUUUUUCGCUCCCAAACAUCCUUUUUCUCAUAUUUUUUUAGGCUGUGCUUCAGUGGCUUGCUUGCACGAAGAACCGGUACACAUGGCGCAGACUAGUGCGGGCUCUCAACAAAAGGGAAUCUCGGAGGGUUCCGGCACUUGUUGUGCAUAAAAACAAGGCCUUUGAGAUUGACUAAUGCUGGCAACGUUGUGCAUGCAACAAAGUCAAGUCACGUCCAAGCCGAAGGCCAGUCAGCCGUCAGCGUUUCGCGCGUUUUCUGUAUUUACCAACGCUCUGGUAUUUACCGCAGCAGAGUUUGCAGCGACCUCCGUUGUGGUAUUUUGUUCCUCGGAGGCAUGCCCUCGGAAUCGGAAAAAGGAGGUGAUCAAUAUGCAGUCGUCAAGUUUCCAGAGGAAGGCAACUCUGUGGCUCUUGUACAUACCAAGUGGCUGCAUGGCGAUGUCUGCUUGUGGCCACAGGAUUCCAAGAAUGUUUCGUAUUUAGCCAAAUGUGGAGCCUCUCCAUCCUCCAACUGGCAAGUCGUGCCAUGUGUGCCCAUAGACACAUUCAGAACAUAUGAUGCAGCGCGACAAAAGCUCAAGCAAGCUGAAGAUGGGUCAGACUUGGGGAGUGAAGUGGACCUGGGACGGGGCAAAAGAAAAAAGCAACGAAGAGCCCUUAGCUCAAGUCCGGAAAGUGUGCAGCGACUACCACUUCCACCGCCCUCUAUGAUGAAAAAAGCACAGAAGAGGGAUGGGAGACGUAUUCACAAGCAGUCAUCACAUGCAUCAACAUCUAGGGCUAAUGAUCCCAAUGUUUGCAGUGAUCAAGGCGCAGUGCAAUGUGCACAAAUGUGUGCUAGCGAGACUUCAGAAUCUGAGGGUGAGGCUGAGUCUGGAGGUGAACAAGAUGCAAUGCAAGAAUCAUCAGGCAUUAAAAGAUCGUUCACAGCUCACUCUUUGAUGAAAAGAGCAAGCCAAAUGGGAAAUACACAGUGCAACAAUGAGAAGUGGCAUUCAAGUCAGUCUGUUGCACCUAUUUCAGAUGAUGGCAUUAAGCAGGUCAUCAGGCUUCUACAAACGGUAAUCUUGAGAGUCGAGCACCUGGGAAGCCAACUAGACGUAAUAAAAGCAAAGCUUUGUGACCAACAACUGCAGCCUGAAGCAGAUUUGUUAGAAAAACCAUUUUGUGACAUCACGGAGUUCGAACUGUUUGAUCAAGGCCUCUCAGAAAGUGAUGCAAUGAAGUCAAAGUUGGUAAGUGUUUUUAGUGGAGUAUUGUUAUACACGAAUUUGAUAAGCGUGAGGUUGACUGACAUAUCUCACGGUAAACUUUUCCAGGUUUCUAUGUAUGAAAUAAGCAAGUAUCCUUGCUUGUAUAUGUAGAAGGUUUUAUGUGCGCUGCAGUUCUUAAUUCCAGGUAGAAAAACGUUUUUUUUUUCUUCAUGUACCCAAAGGCCCUUUUACAGGCAUUACAUAGGGGGUUACAUAUUACAUAACAUCACGGGGAAUAAAUAUUGAAAAUAUACAAGCGUGAAAUGUACCUGGCUUUUUGCACUUAAAAAACAAAAUGUAAUGUAUAAUAGCCAUAUCUUAAGGGACUAAUUUUGUGAACAGUGUACUUGUAUAUUCCUCAGAUCCAACAUAACACAGUACCUUUCAAAGUCAGUAUUUAUGUCAACUGGUCUUUUGCAAACCUGAAAAUGGUUGUUUCCUUGAACAGAUGGUGUGAGCAAUUACUCAUAUCAGCAACUCGUGUGCGUGGACAAUGAGCCCAUUUCUACAGUUUUCUAGUGGCAUUACCACUAGAAAGCUUCUACAUGCCACUAUGUAUUUGCAUGACUACAUAUCUAGUGGCAUUUAAAAUGUACUGCACAUUCAUAAUUUUUGUCAUUGAUGGUACAGCAGUACAUAAUGUACAAAGUUUCAAUCGUCUGAAAAGCUGGUUGCUACAAAAGGAUUACACGCUUGACAUAUGCUGCCACCUGCACUCGGUUUUCCAUUACACCAAAUAUAUUAGCCUAUCACUUCCGGUUUAUUUAUGAGAAGGAUGAAAGUUGUCCAUGGGUGUGGACAGUCAGACUGAAAAGGGUAUAGCAAUGAUGUUAAAGGUUUUUGCAGUGCCAUUGUAGUGCUUAAGUGCAUAAAUGAAAUAAAACAAGACUACUACUUUGCCUGUCAUUUGGAAUUGCAUUGAACUUUUUUGUGAGAUACUAAGCGCUGACCUCUGAGGUAUAAAACACCGAUGAAAACAUAGUGCCAUGCUAGAAACUUGUAGCAUGUUUGGUAUAAGAUGUAAAUCUUGUUUAGAAUUCUUUAUGCUUUAAAAUCUGCAAUCAUGUUUUAUUGAACCUUGCACUGCAGCCUGAAACUCGCUUUCACUCAGUG